AUGGGCAAGAAGAGACGCGGCCAUGCCGAUAUCGAGGAAAUCCUGGGCAGACCAUGGUGCUACUACUGUGAGCGAGACUUUGAGGACCUCAAACUCCUCAUCUCGCAUCAAAAGGCGAAACAUUUCAAAUGUGACCGCUGCGGUCGCCGCCUGAACACCGCCGGAGGUCUCUCCGUGCACCUGAACCAGGUCCACAAGGAAAACCUCGAUCACGUCGAAAAUGCGCUCCCGAACCGCCAGGGCCUCGAGGUCGAAAUUUUUGGCAUGGAGGGCAUCCCCACCGAAGUGCUCGAGUCGCACCGCAACCGACUGAUCCAGAACUUCUACCAGGCGCAGGAGGACCGAAGAAUCGCGACCGGCAACCCUCUGCCUGGGCAGGCCAAGGAGCCGAGAAAGAAGAUCAAGAUUGAAACGGCGGAGGAGCUCAAGACGCGUCUGAGGGAGUGGCGAGCCAGGAGGAAGGAGAUUCUCGCCAACGGCGGCAGCUUGGAGAGCAUGAUGCAGAGCGCGCAACAACAAGCAACACCGGCACCUGUACCCGCGCCAGCCCAGCAGCAGCAGCAGUACCCUGGACAGCAGCAGGCGCCGCCUCAGGGUCAUUUCUACGGCCAGGCACCCGAAGGCAUUCCCGCGCGACCACCUAGCGGCCCGCCUGGCGUGGCCGGUCUUCCUCAGCGACCUGGCGGUGACAGCAUCGAUCAACUCAUUCGCAAGGCAGAGACAGGCGUGAAACCGGCCGUGGAGCCCGAAAAGGCGAGCAAGAAGGACAAGAAGGGCAGGAUGUUCUACGACGAUGCGGAGAUCAGCCCAGAGGAGAGGAUGGCCAAGCUACCGCGGUAUGCCUUCACGGCGGCAUGA